AUGUGUGAUAUAAUGCCAACAAUCGCUGAAGAUGGGAAUUCAAGCCAGGGUGAUCGGGACUCACAAGUCAGCGCUGAGGGGAAUACUGUUGAAGAUAUGCUGCUAAGCAUUUUGGACGAACGCGAUCGGUUGAUGGAGAAUUUCCAAGAGGCGCAGGAGCAAUUAAGUUAUUCACAGAAUCGGCUAAGCGAACUUGAACGGGAAAAGGAUUGCCUAUCGCGCCAACUCCGUGAGAAGGUUCCUGAGGUCUGUGGCUUUCUAAAUCCUAUAGUUGGGUAUUUAUUUGCUUUAUGUUAUCAGUUAUUGGAGCGUGAGGAUGAGAUUCAGGAAUUAAAGGCUGAAAGGAGCAACACCCGAUUGUUGCUGGAGCAUUUGGAGUGCCUGGUGGCGCGACACGAACGUUCACUGCGGAUGACAGUAGUAAAGCGGCAGAUGUCGAGUCCAGGUGGAGUGAGUUCCGAGGUGGAGGUUUUGAAGGCACUGAAGUCACUGUUCGAACACCACAAGGCCAUGGAUACGCGUUUGCGUGAGCGCCUUCGCGCUGCCCUAGAGCGUGCUGCUCAGUUAGAAGAGGAUGUUCGUGCUUCUGCCUCAGAUCGAGCCUCACUCCGCGAACAACUGGCCGCCGCCCUCGCCAAUAUCGCAGCUAGUACAGGUGUGAUCCUUUCAACAGCAGCGUCGACACUUAGCAUUGCAUUUUGUCUUUCCUUUCCCCAUACGAAGGUGACACGACUACAGCGGGACUUGCGCGAGUCAGAGGCGCAACGGGAAGAUCAGGAGUCUCGCAUCUCAACAUUGGAGCAGCGCUAUCUCGCCGCUCAGCACGACGCCACUGCAGCUCACGAGAAAGCCAAUCCAGACCCGUCUGCUGCCGUAUCUGUUCCUUCCACUAUAGAGAUCAGUGAGCUGCAGGAAUCGAACAUUCGCGCUAUGCGCGCCGAGCUAACUCAGGCCGACGAUCGGCUGCGCGAGGUGCAGGCUGCUAUGGCUGAAACACAAGCCGAGCUUCAACGCGCCAGACAGAGGGAGAGGCUCAAUGAGGAUCAUAGUGCUCGUCUUACUGCCACUGUCGACAAACUUUUGCUGGAGUCGAACGAACGAUUGCAGACACAUCUAAGGGAGAAGAUGGCUGUAAUGGAGGAGAAGAAUCAGUUGACUGCGGAGUUGGAUCGUGUUCGUCGUCAAAUGGAGUCUAUUCAGUCGGAGCGUGAUCGGCUUGUAAAUGAGUUGGACAGGCUUCGGAGACAGGCCUCCCUAGCGGAAUCGCUUGACCUGCCAAAUCUCAACAGAUGGCAAGGUGGGUUUAUACUCCUCAUGACAGUUGCCGAAUCGCAGCCUUACAGCUACCCAUUUCACCAACAUGGAGGCAUCUCUUGCCACACAGUGGGUUUUGCACCUUGA